AUGAGUCCCCAAGUCGUCCAAACCAUGAGCGGGACGCUCACCAAUGCAGAAGUUCUGCAGCAUGUUCGCGAACUGCAAGAGCGGUAUAAGCGUGAGGGCCGUCAAAAACGGAUUCCCAAAAACCUCGGGACCACUUUGGCAAAGGUCCAAUCUUACCUUGAAGCGCAAGGAGCACCGCUCGAGCCGAUCCCUAGCAAUGUCCGCGUCCGCGACCCUCGAACUGCCCAGAUUCUGGUCACUCGCCUCCGCCCAUACAAGAUUCCGAAAGGAGAAGUGCUUCAGAUCCUUAAUCUACGAGUCGAUAGCCAGCAAGCACUCGAGUCGAUCUUGGAAGGAGGGAGGAACAAAUUGUCAGACCAACAGCUUGAGGAGAUCACCUCCAUCAUUAGACAAGUACUAUAUGACGAGGAUCUGUCCCUAGACGAGGUCGAAGUCAUCCAGGUAGAGAAGAUACCGUCGGCCCAUAUUAAGAUCUCCACAAAGAACAAACCCACUCCGACAACGCUUCCAGGCAGCCAGGCCUUGGACGCCAUGAUGGUAUCCGAGAAUGAUGGCGAGACGAUUUUGAAGGCAUUGAGUCGGGAUGAACAAAUCGACAUUCCCGAACCCUUGCGGGAGGAACUCCUUAGUGGCUGGGGAGAAGCAAAGGCGCGCAGGACAGGGGAGAGGACGGGGGACUGGAUGAAGCGGAUGGACGACUUUCUGUUGAAAUCCAAAAAGGGUUGA